CAUACUGUCAUUUAGGUUUAAGAUAGGUCUUUGCCAUUUUCGUCGGCAUAUUGAAAACACUUCCGCCCUUAAAAUGUAUCUGCGGGUAUAUCAAAGCAUUACGACUGCACCGAAAAAGGGGCGGGUAUUGUGUCAAAUAAGAGAUGCAUCGGCUACAGAACACACAGCAGCUGAAUACAGCGCAUCCAAUGGACAACAAUUGCGUGGAUAGGGGUUUGGAUUCGGUCUGUCUGAUGGUGAACGUAAAGGAUGAGGACGAGGAGGCUGUGAGUGUAGCCAGACAUCCCCAUUGGUCAUCUUUUACGUUCAUCAAGAAGGAGAACUAUGAGGAGGCGGGAAGAAGCUGCGAUUCACAUCCAGAUGCACAUACCAUUAAGGAUAGCCCAGACAGCCCUAGUGGAGUUAACAGGACGUGUAAGAAGAGGAAGAGGCGAAAGCGGGAGGAAGGGGACUGGCCCAGCUCUGUUGUGGAGGCUGAGGGCUCGGGCGUAGACGCGCUGUGGCGAUGCCGCCUGUGCCAGCACUGCUUCAGCUCUUCCUGGGAGCUGACAGGCCACUGCUGCAUGGGCAUUAUGGGUAGUGAGGGUGGCAAGGUGGGCACUGCUCCUGAGAGCAGCAGUUCAAAAGGGAUCGAAUUUUGUUGCCCUGUGUGUGGCGAUCGCUUCCUGAGGCCCACGGCGUUCAUCAUGCACAAACGGAGCCACGUGGGUCAGUCCCACUACGUGUGCGGCGUGUGCGGCCGCACCCUGAGAACCCUCCAGAAGUUAGCCGCUCACCGCCGGCUUCACACGCGAGCAGCAGUCUGCCGUCGCGAGGGCACAUCAGUCGCGGCUCAUCAGAAGGGCCAAAAGCAUGAGUCAGUAAACUCCGAUGGCAAGGGGGAGGAGACCAAAGAACCUGACAGCAGUGGGGAUGCUGUCCCCUCCUGUGCACAUCUGGCAGCCCAGGUUCUCCAGUCCCCCGAGUGCCUGCAGUGCUUCAUGACCUUCCGUGACGCGGAGACGGCAGAGAGGCACCUGCGCUUCAAGCACCCCGCCAAGUAUGAGCAGCAGAUCAGAGGCCACACCCUCUUCGCCUGCAGCGUCUGUGACCAGACCUUCCCCUCCUCGCGCCUGCUGUCCGCCCACCAGCGCACACACAGCGAAUGGUCACUGACCACAGCUGGCUCUGAGGACCCUUCACAGGACUGCACCCCAGACAGCAACGUGAACCUCAUGGCUGAUCGCCAUCAAGUAGAAGAAUGUCGCAAAAAUGGCAGCAUCUCCAUGAGUUGCAUCUACUGUCACAUUACUUUCACUGACCCUCGAACAUGGGAGCGUCACAUGACUGCUAAGCAUCCAGCAGCCCCGUCCAGUCUGGCUGCCCCAGGGACACCCCCCAGUUCCUGCAGCCCCCCAGCCAGAGCCUCCGGGGGGCAACAGAGACCCUACUGCUGUUUGACAUGUGGAGAGAGAUUCAUCCAGGAGAGCUCUCUUGCCAAGCAUUGUGAUGAAGCACACAUGCAAACUGAUACAACUGGAGACACAGACAUUGGUUAACAGACUACAGGUGCAAUAGUUUCCCUAACCAAUUGUCCUAACAGGAGUCCUAAAUUUCCCUCGGGAUUAAUAAAGUAUCCAUCUAUCUAUCUAUCGAUCUGAAAGGGCAUUGACACUUCUGAUUAAUUAAAAAAGAAUGAAUCCAUCUUUAAUCCAUCAUUUUAGGAAUACGAACAUAUGUAAAAGUACAGCUAUUGCUGUACAUUAGGCAUAUAGAAACGGGUUACAGGAAAGAAUAGGCUUUCAUUAUAUGUAUACUCAGAAUACAUAGCAUGACUCCUAUUACUCACAGUACAUUUUAUUGACAGAUUGCUGCAGCUUGUGCACAGUCUGAAAUAGGUCAGCACUGCAGAAGCCAUCUUGUUGAUUAGUUUGAAUCAUGACUGUUAAUGAUCGGGUUAAAUGACCUCACGGAAUGUCAAUUAUUGUGAUGUUGAACAGAUAUACAGAAUAUGUAAUUGU